AUGGAAGGAGAUGAGGAGAGGACUGAAUGGUCUAUAAACGGCGGUUUCUUCACCAGAGACUCGGACAGCAUCACGCAGCGCAACGGGGCGAAUUCAAGCGUCGUCCAGGAGGCCCGCCGGGGAGCGUGCGCCUGGGCCCGGGCGCCAAGGGGCCGUGCACUUCCGGGGCGGCCCCGCGGCUUCCGCUUCCGGUGCCGUGGCCGAGCGGCGGCAGCGGCGGGGCGGGCGGCGCGUGCGCCGGGCAUGGACGGCCCGUGGUCCUCGUCGCUGGACCCCGAGCUGCAGCGCUUCCUGGACGCGGAGACGCAGAAGCAGCGCGCGCAGCGGCUCAUCCACCAGAUGACCGAGCUGUGCUGGGACAAGUGCGUGGACAGGCCGGGGCCCAGGCUGGACGGCAGGGCCGAGGCCUGCCUCGUGAACUGCGUGGAGCGCUUCCUCGACACCAGCCACUUCAUCCUGAGCCGCCUGGAGCACCUGCAGCGGUCCAAGCCCGCCUUCUCGGAGAGCCUUUCCGACUGAGCCCUCGCCCCUUCGUUGGAAAAGCAAGGGACUACUGUGAAAGAGGUGGCAGAAAGAAUGUAC